UAAACAAACUACUAUGAUCACUUCUUCAUCCUCACCCACUCCAUCAUUCAGUUAUCAAACCUGUAACAAUGAGGAGGUCAGGAGGUGUGAUUAUCUGCCUUCUAAUUGUGAUCAUGGAUGUAGUUGCUGGUAUUCUAGGGAUCGAAGCUGAGAUAGCUCAAAACAAGGGGAAGCACCUGAGGGUGUUCUUCAUUGAGUGCAAAGAGCCAGUCCAUGAGGCCUACAAGCUUGGACUUGCAGCAGCUGGGCUUCUGGCAUUUGCUCAUGCCGUCGCGAAUGUACUUGGUGGAUGCAUGUGUAUCUGCUCCAGGGAGGAGUUUGAUAGGUCUUCUGCUAACAAGCAAAUGGCUGCAGCCACCCUGAUUGUGUCGUGGAUCAUCGUUAUAGUCGGAUUCACAAUGUUGGUCAUAGGGGCGAUGUCUAACUCCAAGUCAAGAGUUUCUUGUGGCUUUGCCCAUCGCCAUUUCCUUUCCAUUGGCGGGAUCUUGUGCUUCGUUCAUGGACUAUUUUGUGUAGCCUAUUAUGUUUCUGCUGACGCAACCAAGCGAGAAUAAGAAAAGAUAUACGGGGACAAAAGAUCUCGUUGAAGUCCAACCUUGAUCGCCCACUAUUCAAGUUCUGAGAGAAACUGCUAGUGUAAUGAAAUAUACUAGGUUUCCAGGUGUGUUUUGUUUCAACAUUUUUUUUUUUUACGAAGCAAGAAGAUAGGCUAACUCAAAAAAAAAAAAAAAAAAUCUUCACAAAUCAAUAUGAGGUAUGAUUUGUUCGUCAGAUUUUCCAAGUAUCUUUUUGGAGCCUUCUGUGUGGAUAUUUUAUGUUAUGAGUAUUUAUUGCAUUCUUGGUUUGGACAA